UCAAACUUCAUAUCCCGUAGCUUGCACAAGCGGUACUGAAGCUCCAGUCUAUAUUCUCACCGAAGUUGAUUUCAAUCUUAUAAAUAACCGUUUUUUUUUCUACUUGUAAGGACACACUUAAAUCCUUUCUGUUUUAUCAACAAAAUAGUAAAAAAAAAAACGAAAAAAAUAGCAAAUCCAAAAAUUGUGUUCGGUGAUCAAAGAAAAUAAAUUUUUAUAUUUCAUCCAUAUCCGCAUACGACACUUACACGAGUACUGUAUCCUUUUGCGACGAUUAUUUUCAAAUUAAAAAUAAAUAUUAUUGUGCAACAAGUGUGUGCUUCGAUUUUGAGAGUUUCAUAGGAAAGUUACGAGUAGAGAAAGCAAGUGAGUGUCCAUAACUCGAUUUUUGUCGAAACUAAAAAAAGACAAGCAACAGAGAAAGGAAAAAAAAAAGAAAGUAACAUAAACCAAGAAAAAUCCAAUAUGAAGCAAUCAAUAUCGUUCUUUUUUGUGUUAGUAUGCACCGUAGUUUUGGCAGCACAAGAGAGUCAAGCUAAAAAGGGUUGUAACGCAUACGGUCAUGCAUGCUAUGGUGGACAUGGUAAACGUUCAUUGGGAACAGUUUCAGAUGAAAUUCAUCCCGAUGCAAUUCUACAGAUGUUCCCCAGUGAGGAAGGAAGUGAAAUCAAUCCAUAUCCAAGAUAUCGUUUGAUAAAAUUCAUGAGACAAUUACUUGGUGGACGUACAAGACAACAACUUGCAUCCGAUCGUCUCAACGAAAUGGAUUAUGCUCUAAGUUCCAGCGAAGCUUUUAAGGACAACUCAAUGAAUUAAGACAAAACAUGGAUAUAACUUAAAAGAUCUCCGCACAGCAAACAAAAAAUUCACUCCUCCCUCACCUGUCCUUAAGCUAAAAAAAAAAAAAAAAAACAA